CGAUAUUUUAUACGAGUAGAUGGAUCGGUUUUUUUAUCCGAUAAACGAUCGUCGGUAACGGUGAGUGGGCAUCAGAUCCAAGUCCUAACUAACUCAUCAUCUCUAGUCCGGAGCUUCACCGCCUUCGUCGGCGGUUCUCAGCGCCUUCUCCGGUGCCUAUCCCGACUUCUAGAAUCCCUUCGAUUUCUCCACCAGAUGGUUCUUGAAUGUUAUCUUGGAAGGAUGCUGUGAUGGGUGCUUUCAAGCACAGCAGUGAAUUCUUCCCCGAGAGAAGAGGAGGUAUAGCUGUUGUUGUGCCCUCGAAGUCUCUGGAUCUUCGUAGAGCUCGAAGGCUCGGUCGGAUUUCUAAACGAAGCUUAUUUCUUUGGGGGAUUCUACUUGCUGUGUUGUUCUCCAUCAUUUUGAUAGCUUUUGGUUUGGAGAUGCAUUCCCAUGGUGUUUUACCAGACGGGCAUCUGUCUUUGGUGGAAGUGCACGAAGAAAUUUCCAGAAUCAAUGCUUCAGAACAAACGAGGAAGAAACCUCGCAGGCAAAAGUUUUUCCCUUGUGGGGUACCAUUGCGAGAUUCCGUAGAUUUUGUUAUUGACCCCAAUGAAUCAGCGAAUUUCACUUACUUCACUUUGGACUACAUUCAAAGAGAAGACAUGACCUCUCAUAGUGGUGCUUUAGAUCUGAGAUUUGGAGGACACCAAACCCUUGAAGAAAGAGAGAAAUCAUUUCUUGCCAUCAACCAAACAAUUCAUUGUGGUUUUGUGAAGAGUGGUAAUGGUUUCCCUAGCACCGGAUUUGAUUUGGACGAGAACGACAAAAGAUACAUGAAUACAUGCAAAGUUGUUGUAUCAUCAUGCAUCUUUGGCAGCUCAGACUUUUUAAGAAGGCCAACCAGUAAACAGAUGAGUGAAUAUUCAAAGAAGAAUGUGUGUUUUGUCAUGUUUGUCGAUGAGGGAACUCUUGCUAAGCUAUCAGCAGAAGGAAAUGUGGCAGACGAGGGAGGAUAUAUUGGGCUAUGGAAAAUAGUUACUGUCAAAAACUUACCAUACACGGAUAUGCGUAAAACUGGAAAGGUGCCAAAAUUUUUAUCUCAUCGCCUCUUCCCUUCUUCUAGGUAUUCAAUUUGGCUUGACAGCAAGCUGCGGCUUACUACUGAUCCGAUGCGAAUCAUUGAUCACUUUUUGUGGAAAACUGGGUCAGAAUAUGCCAUUUCCAAUCAUUAUACCCGGCAUUGUGUUUGGGAGGAGGUGCUCCAAAACAAGAGACUGAACAAGUAUAAUCACUCUGCUAUUGAUGAGCAGUUCAACUUUUAUCGGGCUGAUGGUCUCGCCAAAUUUGACCAAUCUGACCCCAAUACCCCUCUUCCUAGCUACGUGCCAGAAGGUUCAUUUAUAGUCAGGGCCCACACGCCAAUGUCAAAUUUGUUUUCGUGCCUUUGGUUCAAUGAAGUGGACCGGUUCACGUCACGGGACCAGCUCAGUUUUGCAUAUACAUUCUUGAAACUGAAGAGGAUGAACCCAAACCGACCAUUCCACCUGCACAUGUUCAAGGACUGCGAGCGUAGGUCACUUGUGAAGCUAUUUCACCACAGGAUACCUUCGGCUCCCCUUCUUCCACGGCGAACGAACGAAUGAAAACAGGUCUGUGUAGCCAGCCAAAGUGACUCCAAGGGUCACUUUGAUUGAUGAUUCAAACACACUCAACACUACUUUUUUUGAGGGGUUUGAUGAGCUUGAGAAUCUAAUCUUAGGGCCUGCAUGUACAUUCAGCUUUACGUAUUGUACAUUGAAAAUUAAUUUUGGAGUCCUUC